AUGCCCCUCGCGCCCAAUGGCUACGAGGGCGAGCGCUUCAAGCCCGCCAAAGUAAGGCUACGCGACCCCAUCUUCCUCGUCCUCUGGCUCGUCGUCUUUGGUGGCUUCGUUGGCCUCAGCGUCUACUGUCUGCGAGAGUACAGCAUCUCCGGUGUCCAAGGCGGCAUAGGAGAUUCGACUGGAGGCAGCAGUGGCACGCUCAACCAACACACUGCCAUUCUGUUGACGCUCUCCUGCGCUGUAGCCUUGGUGUUCAGCAUCCUCUACCUUAUUCUCGUGCGCGUCGCAACACGUUUCAUCCUCGAGCUCACCCUCAUCCUCAGCGUCAUUUUCAACAUCGGUUAUGCGGUAUACCUCUGGAUUGAGAAGUUCUGGUCGGCUGCCAUCAUCUUCACACUCUUUGCCAUCCUCUCAAUCGUCUCCUACUUCUUCAUGCGAUCGCGCAUUCCCCUCACCCGUCUUCUGCUGAAAACGGUCAUCGAUGCGACCAAGAGCCAUCCGUCCGUCUACUUUUGGGCUCUCCUUGGCACCGUCAUCCAGGCUUUCUUCUCCAUCUGGACCGCAUGGACUUUGGUGAGCGUUUACCAACGCUUCUCGCCCUCGGGCGCAGCCAGCAGUACGGGAGGCAACACCGGCUCAGGUGCGGUAACGGGCUUGAUCGUCUUCAUCGGCGUCGCCUACUACUGGACCAGCGAGCUCAUCAAGGCCGUCUUCUUUACCACGAUUGCGGGAACCUUUGGCGCGUGGUACUACGCGCUGCCUGGCGACAAGGCGCGGGGAGCUUCCAUCAAGUCCUUUGGACGAGCCAUCUCUCUCUCCCUUGGAUCCCUCGCAUUUGGGUCCCUCAUCAUCGCCCUCCUCGACCUCCUGCGCGCCGUCCUCAGUAUCGUCCAGUCCAGUGAAGCGGCUGGCGGUGACAUGGUAGGUGCGGCCAUCGCAUGCGUAGCCAACUGCUUGCUCGGAUGCGUUCAAUGGGCCGUCGAGCUCUUCAACAAGUAUGCCUACAUCAAUAUCGCCCUCUACGGCAACAGCUACAUCAAGGCCGCCAAGGAGACGUGGAGGCUGGUCAAGGAUCGUGGAAUUGAUGCAAUUGCUCAAGACUGCCUCACGGGCAUUGUCUUCUCCUUUGGCUCUGUCAUCGUCGGCGUCAUUACCGGCAUCUUCGCCUACGUCUACCUCAAGCGCACGGACCCGACGUACAUCAACGAUCAGAGCUCCUACAUCUCCGUCAUCCUCCUCGUCGCCGUCGCCAUGGGUAUCCAGAUCUGUCUCUCCCUCGGCGACGGCGCCAUCAACUCGGGCACGAGCACGCUGUUCGUCGCCCUGGCCGAGGACCCAUACAUUCUUCAGCAGAAGAACCCCGAACUCUUCGAGAUGAUCAGGCGUACUUACCCGCGUGUGAUGCAAGCGGUGGCAUGA